CUCCGGUUCCGCGCAGUUAUACCGGCGGACCAGUGUUCUCGGCCGCCUUCGCAGAGGAACCUGUACGCUACGACAGCUUCGACCCGCGGUUCACAACCUCCUUCAACAGGCAGGCCGGCGCGUCUGAGUGCGGUGUCCCGUCCCCCCAGUGGUCCACGCCUCCGCUCACUUACUCGCCGAUGUCGACCUCGUCGACGUCUUCCGACGGUUCCGAUGAUCGAACCGUGCAGAUGGUACCGCUCGCAGACUUCCCCGAGACGUCGUCGAACGCCGGGUUCUCCGCAGGCUGUACCGACGCAUGGCGCGACAGGUCGGAUGUCGAACCGUUUGGCGCGACGUACCCGAAGUCCAGCAUGUUCAAUACUCCAGGAUCUCAGACGACGGCGGCGUACCCCGUGGGGAUCCUCGACGCGGGUGGCCCCUACCUUGCCCCGAUGGAAACCGGACCAGUUCACUUACCCUCUAUUUCCGUAGGCUUUCCGUUCUGUGGUUGACGGCGAUGUGUAUUACUAGUUUGUUUGUUCUGUUUUUUGCUCCCUGUCCUCUUGGUCGUUCGCGAAAGGGAGGAGAGAGGGGCAGGAGUUUUUCUAGACACGGAUGCUCGUCUCCUAAUAUGUUUGUCGCUGUUGUACAUACUGUCGUCUCCUCCCUCCUUGUUUCUGUUGUUUAUACUCGAGCUCACCGAAUUCUUGUCAGUUAUUCAUCCCGCGACCGUGCGCGUCGGGUGUACCAUCAAGAAAAGUACCGUGGUUAUCUUCCUUCAGGGUGUACCCGCCGACGUCGCGGACGACAUGGAAGUCGACAGGGACGACGUCCGCGUGUGUCCUGAGCAGCUUGGUGACCGCUUUACAUGGAGAGUACUUAGUGAAGUGAAAAGAUGUCCAGGAGCCCCGCGCGGCCUUUCACGCAACACACGAACGUGC